AUGAUAUUCAGAAUUUUCGUCGAACACUCCGAUUAUGGUGCUCAGAGUGCUAUUGCAGCGACCUUUACUGCACUGGGUAUACCAGUCUAUGCGACACUGGUGAACUACAAAUCAAGUGUCCCCAAAGGCGUUGCUAUCGUGCCACCCUAUCGCACGCAUCCAACGCACUUCAAAUUUUAUCUAUCAGCAUGUAACGUAGUCGUGCUUUCUGAUAAAGACCCUACUGAGGGACAGAUUAUCUUAGACCUUCUGGAAGAGCGCUUCUUCGUGGGCCAUGUCUUUCUCGUCUCGACAUACCUUACUUGGGGGCACUCUCCUAUCGUUCUUGCGGGUACUGGUGAAAAUAACUCUACAAAUAACGGUCUCAGGCACGUAAAUCCAGAGCAGUAUGCACGGAGAAGAGCACUACCAGAAGCGCAAGGAGUAAAGCUCUUAGAGGACAGGCUCGCCAACAUGCUGACUAAGCAGUAUACUGAUGACGAUUCUCUCCAGCCGUGCAUUAGAGGUGCCAUCAUAUCUCACGGGCUUCUCUAUGACUCGUACACUGCGGAGGGCAAUGAGCUGAUGGAACUUGUUGAUUUUGUUGUCGAGACGGGCGUGCUACCAGCCUUUCUGCCCCAAACCUCAUAUACCGUUUCGAUAACGUCAUGCUCCAGGGUCGCUAUUGAGCUUCGGAACUUCCUUCAAAAUACAGUGGAACAGGGGGUCAAUCUUCAGCAUGUCUGCCCGUUCAGGUUUGUUACUGAUGAGAUGGUUCCUCUGGACACCCUGCUGGAUUGUGUCAAUGAGGGUGUGUACGGAUACAGGAAGUUAAGUCCUUCUCCUAUGUCUAAGUUGGAGCUGCUCUCUAAGGGAUUAUCCUCGCGUCUUAUAUCUCUGCUUUCCCUAGCUUGUGUGCCAGAACCCAAUCCAGUAGAUGACUUUAGCUACUCCAAUAGUCAAAUGUAUAUGACAUAUAAACGUGACGAAGACUAUGUUCUGGACUCUGUACAGCAGAUUCUCACUGCAAGCGCUAUCACAGAGACGCCACACAUUGUCGAGUCUGCACGGGGCUACAUUACAGCAAGCAUUUUACUUCGGCGUCCACGUUACACUGUUGUUCUUUUGGGAACCCAAGCCUGUUUCUGCGUCGACGAUAAGGCCAAGCUUUUAGCCUCUUCUCUAAAUACGCCAAUUCUCGAUCUAUCUCUCGCAUUACGAGACCUUGUACAAUUGGGAGAAGCUGCCAAGAGUUCCGCAUUCUGGGUUCCUCUCUUAAACAAGGAUUUACUUCCGACAAAAACUGAUCAAUUGCUUACUUCGGCCAAGCCUGGAAAAGCUAGUGCAGAGCUUGUUUCCAUUGAAGAUAAGGCAGCCCUACUUGUCAAAAUUGUUCACAACCUUCCUGCCAAUGGUUCUACUAGCGAGCUCCUUCUUUCCACUGCCUCGGCAGCGGCCUAUUCGCUGAACGUCAAGGGCUUCAUUGCGGCGAUAUUCAUGCUGCACAUUCGGGCACGCGCCCUCGUUGCCAACGGUUAUCUCCUCGUUCCUGGUAUGAUGUCUGCUGCUGAUUUGGGUAGCCUCUUGGUGACACCUUUGGAGAUCUUUCUCGAUCAGAUGAAUAUAGACCCUGCCCUAGCAGGGGACUCGAAGAAAGCCCCGUCCAAAGGUGAGCUUCCAUUCGGAGUGGCUCUACUGAUGCAAGAAGAUAUCAAAGCCUUGCCAGCGUAUGUCCCUGCCACACACACCUUUAGUCUUCAGCGAGUGGCUGUCAAUCCGCUUUUGGCCGAGGUGAUCACCAAUCCUGAGACUUCUCUGAAAAGGCAGGACAGCUAUAACACAUACAAGUUGCUAGCAGCGUCUUUAGAUAAGCUUCUUAUAAAAUCAAUUCAGCAAGGCAUAGAGGUAAUUGAGGAUCGCGUUAUUGCUUCUUGCCGCCCGUGUUUAUCCGGGGAGCUUCGCUUUGCACCUAUCUUUAUUGACGUCUCGUCCCUUAAUAUAUCCAUUGAGGCGCUGAAAAGAGCAUAUCUCUUAACUGCAGGCCGCGCAAGGCUUAACCUAUUAAAGCAACAGAAUCACUCUGACUCGCAGUUGGUAUCCACAAUGAGCUAUCUGAACUCUUGCUUACUUGAGCUUAACGGUUCAAAUUGGCGUUCCACUGCCAUGAGGCAGCUGGCUGUCUUAAGGCAAAUCCACGCCGUUAGCGACGGCUAUUUUGAAUAUUUGGGAGAACGUCCCACUCCUACCUCGAUUUUGGUCAGCAUGGCUCAGAUGAAGAGCAUCUAUGGUCCUGAAGCCAUUUUAUCCGAGAUACGUAAACACCUUGACCCUUCCACAAACACGUCCAUACAAGUGCUAGUACGGACUGGCGAUAAUACCAUACCACAGUCCAAAAUCCAGCUGAACAAUCUUAUGCGAUUUACAAACAUCCAUCCAGAGUUACGGGUCAUAAAUCUACUUCCAAAUCUAGGUUCUGAGGGAAGGCUAAUGACAGGGCUUUCGGCUGCAGCCUUAGCUCCUAGUGCUCCCUGCGACUCUAAUUCGAAUCUUUAUGAUGUGCUUGUAUUGAGGGAAUUGUCUAGGCAAUCUAAUACUGCGCCUGUUCUACACGCAGGAAGCAGUACUCCAGAACAGAGGCCCGAAGCUGGUGUAAGGGAUGUGUUUAGCUCACUCAGCGAGUUAAGCCGUAUGCUGCCUAGUGUAGAGGAGAAGGGUGACCUCAAUACCUACGAAGAUGUCGAUAUUCCGGAGGACCCCCUUCCCUCCGGAUACAAUAAAUCUGACGUAAAAGAAACCACAGAGAGCAUGCUGACGCCACGGUCAACAAGACAGGAAAGCGGGAACGAGUGCUCUGAUGAGGAAGAAUAUCCUAACACUGCUAUAGGGAACCUGAACUACUUAAGGGACACCGUCGCUCCCUAUUUGCAACCAGCUUUGGCAAACUGUAUGGCGAAUUUUGGAGGGAAGCUACAUGCUGAGCAGUUUAUACAGCGCAUGGUUCAGGAGAUGUAUACCGAAUUCUAUAAUGCAAAUCCAGACGGGUGUAGACCAGACUCGUCUAUGGAGUGCUAA